CUCCGACUCCUGAUAGGGCAGACAUGGAGUCAACGGAGGAGAGAAGCAGCGAGAGGAGGCGGUGAAGAGAGGGGAGGGAUAGAAAAGGAGUUUGGAUGUGAGGGUAGAAACAAAGAGAGGCUGCAGGUGUGUGGGGUCGAUCUGUUGCUAUCACCAUGUGGUCGCACAGGAGGAACUUGUAGAUCAUUUAAUUGGGAUCACUGCAGGGGUUGAAGUUUUACCUGAUCUUUCAAAAGCCUUUUACUUGAUUUGUUUUGGGCGUUUUUUUUUGGGGGGGGUGUAAGUGGGCAUCAAAUCAUGGCUCUUUUCAGCAACGAGGCGCAGAGUCUGGGCUCCUAUUAUUGUCUGAUCCGACGCAAGUUCAAGAGGAGGCGGAAGAAGCGGUCGGAACGCAAAGGUGCAGCGGGGGCGAGGCUGCUCUCAGGUCAGAGCAAACCCAUCACCAUGGAUGUGGAUGAGGAGGAGAACAUGAGUUCGAGCAGCACAGAUGUUAAGGAAAACCGAAACCUGGACAACGUGUCCUGCAAAGACGGGGUGGGAAGCACUGAUCAGCUCCCGAACGGAAGCGGCCUGGCCAGUCGAAAGCGCCCCCUUGAGGAGGGUAACAAUGGCCAUGCACAUUCCAAGUUCCGGGCUAAGAAGCGCAAGAAAACCCCGGGUCCAGUCCUGCCCAAGAAUGCCCUGAUGCAGCUGAAUGAAAUCAAACCAGGCCUCCAGUACAAACUGCUGUCUCAGACAGGACCGGUUCAUGCGCCCGUGUUUGUCAUGACUGUGGAGGUCAACGGACAGGUGUUUGAGGGCAUGGGCCCCACCAAGAAGAAGGCUAAACUAAAUGCUGCUGAGAAGGCCCUGCGCUCCUUUGUGCAGUUCCCCAAUGCAUCUGAGGCUCAUAUGGCCAUGGGCCGGACUCUAACAGUCAACACGGACUUUACAUCUGACCAGGCUGACUUCCCAGACAUGCUCUUCAAUGGUUUUGAAACACCAGCUCCCUCUGACGACUCCUUCUACCUAGGCUCAAAUGGUACAAAUUCCCUUGGGGAGUACCCACUGCCCACCCCACCUGGCAGCAGCCUUGUCCAGGCACCAUUGCCGCCUCCAUCUGCAUUCAGCUCCCCAUCCACUGGCAAAAACCCGGUCAUGAUCCUCAAUGAGCUCAGACCGGGCCUCAAGUAUGACUUUGUCUCAGAAAGUGGCGAAAGUCACGCCAAGAAUUUUGUGAUGUCGGUAACGGUGGACACGCAGACGUUUGAAGGCUCGGGGCGCAACAAGAAGCUGGCUAAGGCCCGAGCGGCGCAGGCCGCCCUGUCUGCUCUGUUCAACAUGCAGCUAGACCAGACGCCGUCCAGGCAACCCAUACCUAGAGAGGGGUUGCAGCUUCACCUACCCCAGGUUCUGGCUGAUGCAGUCUCUCGCCUGGUGGUGGAUAAGUUCAGUGAACUGACUGACAACUUUACGUCCCCCCAUGCACGACGAAAGGUCUUAGCGGGAGUCGUCAUGACAACAGGCACAGACGUAAAGGAAGCACAGGUGAUUUGUGUCUCCACGGGAACCAAAUGCAUCAACGGUGAGUACAUGAGCGACCGGGGACUGGCGCUCAACGACUGCCACGCUGAGAUAAUCGCCCGGCGCUCGCUCAUCAGGUACCUCUACACUCAGCUGGAGUUCUUCCUCAGCAACAAUAAAGAGGAGCAGCAGAAGUCUAUAUUUGUGACGUGUGAAAGGGGAGGCUACAGGUUAAAGGACAACGUUCAGUUCCACCUCUACAUCAGCACCUCGCCGUGUGGAGACGCCAGGAUCUUCUCUCCUCACGAGGCCGGAGUGGAAGAUCAGGGAGACCGGCACCCUAACCGCAAAGCGAGGGGCCAGCUAAGGACGAAAAUUGAGUCUGGGGAGGGCACUAUCCCCGUGAGGUCCAGCAACACCAUCCAGACCUGGGAUGGGGUGCUCCAAGGAGAGAGGCUACUUACCAUGUCCUGCAGUGACAAGAUUGCACGAUGGAACGUGGUGGGCAUCCAGGGCUCUUUGAUGAGCUACUUCACUGAGCCCAUCUACUUCUCCAGCAUCAUUCUCGGCAGCCUUUACCACGCCGACCACCUUUCCAGGGCCAUGUACCAGCGGAUCGCAGACAUCGAGGACCUCCCACAGCCGUUCUCCCUCAACAGGCCCCUGCUCAGUGGAAUUAGCAAUGCAGAAGCCAGGCAGCCCGGGAAGGCGCCAAACUUCAGCGUGAACUGGACGGUGGGCGACCAGGCUCUGGAAGUGAUCAACGCCACCACUGGCAAAGAUGACAUGGGACGCGCUUCCCGACUGUGCAAGCACACCCUCUACAGCCGCUGGGUGCGACUCCACUGCAAGCUGUCGUCCAUCCUGCGGAUCAAAGUGCCGAAGCCGAGCUCCUACCACGACGCCAAGCAGGCCGCCACAGAGUACCACUCUGCCAAGAAGGCGCUGAUCAAGGCCUUCCACAAGGCCGGCCUGGGCGCCUGGGUCAAAAAGCCCAUUGAGCAAGACCAGUUCCCCCUGAGCUCCUGAGGUUCUCCCUGGACCAAGGUGGCUCCUCCCACCCAGACCCAGGCCAGAAGCUAGAAAGACCCUUCUUCUGCCAGCCGUUUCCCUUCUGACGUAUCGCAGCGCACGUGCACUUUGUACCUGCGCCGCCUCUCAGACUGCUCAUUCCUCAGAGGACCUCAGCGUCGGGUUUUCCCUCAUCACCUUGAUUUUUAUUUUUGACCUUCCGUGUUGAAUUUUAAUUUUUGAGAUCGUUGUGUUUCAUGUCGUUUUGAAUUUAAAAACUGGAAUCACUGUGUUUUCAUCUCUAAAAUGUUUCGAAUGCUGCGGAGGCUGAAAUGACAAAUCUGUCGUUUUUUCCCAGAUGAAAUCCAGUUUACGUUCAAAUUUAGCAGGGGGGAAAAAAGGGCCCAGAUGCAUGCAAGUGUGCAAACAAUCCUCACACCAGAUUUCUGGAGCCAUUUAGUUUUCUUUCAGGAAGGUCGGUCAUUUUGAGGUCUGGUUAUGCUCACAUGCACAGCCUGGUUUUACACCCAGAUCUACUACUGUUUUGCACGGAUGCAGUUUUGUUCCAGAGCCGCCAAUCAACCCGAAAUCCCCUCCUCUACCUUUCAAGAAUGAAACAACCAGAGGUGUGAGCUGUAAUAUAUGUAUUUCUCUUUUUGAAUUUGUAAAAUUAGGGCAGAGUUAAUAGUUUGCUAAAUGUAUGUAUUUAAUUUAUCGAUUAUUCUUUUCAAUUUACAUUUUUCAUUUUUAUUAGAAGUUCAGAACAUUUUUAGAAGACAGCUGAAGGUUUUUGGGGGGUUAAGUCAGAGAACAUUUCUAACAUUAAUACUGAACGGCUCAUUUUAUUCGAUUUUUCUAUCCGUUUCGUGGCGUUUCAUCGCUGAAAUUAAUUAAAGGAGUGCAAAGACAACUGAGUGAGUGUAUUCAGGAGAUGAUUGAGCGAACCUCACAACCGCGCAAGCGCAAUGCUAACUGUGCGAAGCCGCGCAGUUUUUUGAUUUUAAAAUAAAAAAGGCGGAUUUAGUGUAGGUUAAAACGUGAUCGAAUGCAGUGAUUUUCACAUUGACACAGAUUGCAACCGUGCAGUUGUAAAGCGUGGGGUCGCACAGUUAGCAUUGCGCUUGCGCGGUUGUAAGUUUCGCUCAAUCAUCUCCUGAAUACACUCACUCUGUUGUCUUUGCACUCGUUCAAUUAAUGGCAGCCAUCAAAAACACACAAAGAAAAGCAUAAAAUCUGCACCGUUUUGUGCGUACUUACUUAAGUUUUGGCAUCUGGCCCUUUAAAAAACUAAUGUUAAUGUGUAAGGACCUAAACAUUUACACUAUAUAAGUACACUUGGUAAAUGAUAAGGAAAUCUAACUUGAAUAAUUCAUAACCAACUAGUUUGAACUUAUUCUGUGCGUCACAGUAUGAGAUUCAUCUCUUUUAAGCCGCUGUAUAAAAAAAAAAGAAA